CUCGUCUUCAGCGGGCUCAAGGGAGCAGAGAUGAUUACUCGCCCGGUGACUGCGGCGCUGGGGUGCUGCGGGUGUCGAAAUGCCAUCCUGAGGGCUGUUUCGUCCAGGCCGUUGCCGGCCAUUGGGCAAUCAGCAUCGCGGGGGAUGAGACCAGUGCCCGGCGCAAUACUACGAACUUUUCCGCAAAGUCAGCAAUUCGGCACCGCUGCGCAAAAGGAAAAAGACGCACAGGCAAAGCCAGAUAUUGAGCAACGGAUAAUCGAGGAGGAAAUCGAAGAUGACGCUUUCGAUGACGACGACACUGAAAAUCCGUGGUUUCUUGAUGUUGAACCGCCCAAACAUGCUCCGCUCCAGCAUAUCGCAUCGCUUCCAAAAGUGCCCGAAGGGGCUCCUAAUCUCCUCGAGCCGAUGAUUAAAUACAUACACGAAGAUAUGGGACUAGAUGAUUUGUCAAUGCUGGAUCUCCGCGAUCUUGACCCCCCCGCCGCGCUUGGCCCCAACCUCAUCAUGAUUUUUGGGACAGCGCGAAGUGAAAGACACUUGCACAUUUCUGCCGGCCGCUUUGUGCGAUGGCUUCGACGACAUCACCAAGUGGGCGCUCGAGCAGACGGCUUGAUUGGGCCAGGAGAACUCAAGACCAAGCUCCGCCGACUUAGAAAGAAGGCAAAGAUGCUUGGCACCAACACUACAAUCUUGCCGGGUGCUGAUAAUGGAAUCUCAACGGGAUGGGUCUGUGUCAAUUUCGCGGCGCAUGACCACGGAGUACAAGAGUCUUCUAAUUUUGACGAAAGUGGGCGGUUUUCAGGAUUUGGCGCACCGUUAACGGGAACAACUGUCGUCGUCCAGUGUAUGACGGAGUCGAGGCGGAACGAACUUGACUUGGAAACGCUUUGGAGGGGCAUAUUGAAGCGGAACCUCGAAGAGAUGCAGAAAGUGAAAGGAAAGACAUCAUCGGACCCCUCAGAAAUUGAGUCCUUGGUCUCGUCAAGAAUUCAAUUGCCCGACAACCCUUCUGCCCACCAGUGGCAGAAACUGAAACUAGCUUCUCAACAGCAACGCCAGUUUUCAACCAUGGCGCGACGCCUUCAAGCUCGUACUCAGCGUAGUGAGUCUCAGGCGACUGUAAUUGAUUCUGAAACUCUAGUAACAGAAGAUCAGCUGGAUACCCCUUCCUUUGAUCUGAAUGCGCUGCGACGGCACAUACACGAUUUCCAGGUGAUUGGAACUCCUGUAAGCCACGAAACUAUUCAGAGUCUCAUCUCUGCGGUAUUCCAAGCCCCGGUGUCUGAGGGAGACACAGCCUCCGAGCGGCUAGCCCUGGUAGAUCAGCUCAGUCUCGUAGCCGAAGAACGUGGAAUUUCUGUCAUCUCUCAAGAGUGGUUAAUUACGCUCAUUGAGAACAUCGUCACUUCCCCGGCAUAUGGCGAAGAGUUGCAACGCGCGCAAACAAAUAUUGAAUAUCUCCUAUCUAACAGAAGAGGCCAUAUCUUGAGCAAUGAGCAAGUUUUACGGCUCAUGACAGCGUACGCGCGUCAACUCGACUGGGACCGAUUUUGGAACGCUUUCCGCAUACCAUCUCGGUUUCAAACGCCUCGGUCACCCGAAUUGUAUGAACUUGCCUAUCGCGUCUUGGCAUCCACUGGUGAUAGGAAACUGUGCACUGAUGCUCUGCGCUGGGUGUAUCCCGAGAUGCUCAAAGAAGAGCCGAAGAUAUGGCCAGUUGGAUCACUUUACAUGUCUUUGAAAGCAUGCAUACUAGUCGCAGACCCUGGUGCCGAGAGUCUGCUGCAUCACCCUCCCCCGCAAGAUUCAUUGGAUGUAUUUGGCCAACGGCAGUUGAUGCAUCGAGAAUUUCUACGUGUCCUGAGAGAAGUUGAAAAUCUGCGGCACCACCACGCUGGAGAGCAGGCCAGAGCACAUAGAGCAGAGGCACUACGCAAAAUUUCUGGAGGAAUGCCGCAUAACGACCACUAGAAUGACUGACGCAUGUUUAAAGGGAGGAAAUAUAUCUUUUUACGAACAUUGCAAUGUAAGACUGGGACUAUAAAAGGGAAUAAGACUAUGUAACAAUAAAUAUGGCUCUGAAGGGAUUCACAGCUGUGCGAUUAUUUAGCGCUCCCAAUCAGUUCUCACGUUUUAUAUGUGUACUAUAGAAUUACUCGUAUAUAGUAAAACUUGACAAGAUGUAUAUAUGUAUGCAUACCUAGAUACGGAACAGAUAGAAGACUUU